CCCGCCUUUUCCUGUUGUCAGGCUCCAAGUCUGUUAUAGUAUAGCGCUGGAGUUGGAGUAAAUUGAUGGUGCUGUUAGAGAGAGGAGCUGUGGAUGCUGAAGCCCAGACUCGUUCACUAAAAUACUAAAGUUUUGGCUAGCACUCCCACCAUGCAGUGCUCCCUGUUUUGGGCUGUAGAUGUCUAUGGGAAGGUAUACAGCCUAGGCACCGCUAGGGGGCGCUGGCAGCAAUACAAGGACAAUCAACUGGAGCUGAAACGCGUCACUGCUUCUGAUCUGUGCUGCUGGGCCAUCGGUUUCGAUCAACAGGUCUACCUCAAUGUGCUCCCCGGCGACGUGGCCAUACGUCAUCAGGAGGAGACUUACGAGAACCAGAGAUGGAACCCAAUAGAAGGAUAUACAGACACACUCCUGCCCACUGAUCGCUGGCCGUGGACGGACGAGUUUGGCAUGAAACCUCAGCCGCUGCACAGCUUCCACCUGCCGUCUGAGAAUUGGGAGUGGGAGGGAGACUGGUACGUGGAUGAUGAGAGCUGUGGCAGAGAGUCCGUAGCUACUGGGGGCUGGGAAUAUGCUGUGGACUUCCCUACAUCCUUCACUAAAGAGAAGAAGUGGAACUCAUGUGUCCGGCGCAGGCGAUGGCUUCGUUACAGGAGAUAUAAAGCACUGGGACUGUGGGCAAAGGUGCCUUUAGACAAGGGCCGGCCUCCUCCAGAGCCCUUCACUGACAUUAGCUGUGGAGGCUGGGAUAUGGGCGACAGACCAGAGAAACCCGUGUCCCUUUGGGCUGUUUCUCAGCAGGGAAAGGUCUGGUUUCGUUCAGGAAUUCAUCAGCAGGAUCCAGAGGGAAUAGUUUGGGAAAAUGUCCCUGUUCCUGAUUCCACAGAGGUGGCCCAGAUAAGUGCUGGUCCAGGAGACCUGCUGUGGGCCGUACUAUGGGAUGGACAGCUUCUCGCCAGGACAGGCAUCAGCAAGCGUUUGCCAAAAGGUACUUCAUGGGUGAUGGUGGAUCCUCCAAGUAAUACCAAAGCUGUCCAUGUAGCAGUGGGGGUCGGGGUGGUCUGGGCAAUAACCAAGGACAAAAAAGUAUGGUUCAGAAGAGGCGUAAACUCCCACAAUGCCACUGGCCUUGGCUGGAUCAGUGUUGGUGGGGAGAUGAUGAUGAUCAGUGUGGGGCCCAGUGACCAGGUGUGGGGGGUUGGCAGUGAAGACAGAAGUCUUUAUUUCCGCCAAGGCGUGACCCCUACAGAGGUUACAGGAAGGGCCUGGGUCCCUGUGUGUGCCCAAAUUGACAACAGUCAUACCACCAAAAAGCCCAGUGCUGUUGGCCUCAUCAGUGCUCAAACUGCCGUGCCUACCCAGGGUCCGGUGUUGGGCUGCGAUGACUUGGACAAUGCUAUCAUUUCCAAAGUCACCAGUGACCGCAGUGUAUCAGCCCUGGGGGCUGAACAUGCCACUUCUUUGCUUGAAGCUGAUCAGGAGGAAGCGGAAGCGGCCGGCGUGCCUCGCCAGAAUUCUGAGCUCCGCUGCAGCCAACCAAAAAGCAGCGAGCUGCCAUGGAGUAAUGUGGAUCUGGCAGAGAUGAAAAUUCCCUUAGCCAACGCGACAGAGAAAUCUGUGGCUGUGUAUCCCAUGGAGCUGGGAGAAGUCAUGAAGCAGGAGGAGCAGCCACCAUGGGCAUGGAUCACUGCAGGACAAUGUGAGAUAGAGUCCAACAUCAACAGCUGGCUGGAAAUGCCAGAUCUGUCUCCCUCAAUUACUCCUGCUCUUAGCAUUGCAGGUGACCAAGGCCGUCUGGAAGAGAAAACACUGCGGGAAAAUGACAACACUAUGGAGAGGUUUGUCAUUGUGAAAAAAACAGCCAUGUGCUGGCGGAGGGAUUGGCAGCCCCAUCAACUGGAGGAGGUGUGUGUGACUCUGGAGCAGGUCAGGGGUGGUGGAGCUCCCAAUGAUGACAUCAUCUACAUUUACUAUACCCACAACCAGGAAAGGAAGUAUCUGUAUGCUGUGAUAAGCGAAGUCACGGCUCUUGUUCCAGUACACUGGGAGUCGAUGUACGCUCUGGCUAUUUAUACACCUGAGAGGACAAGACAAAGAUGGCCUAUUUUACUAUCUACAGAAUCCCAAGAAGACAUGGAGAGCUGGCUGUCUAUGUUGAAUGAAUCUUGCUGUGAGGCUAGAGCACUUCAGGUCCCUCCAUCCAGACAAGCCCUGUGGGCUGUUACGACCAAAGGGGAUAUCAUGGUGCAUGAGCCUUCACCCUGCUUAGAAGCUCCUGCUCAGUACUUUCCCUGUGAACAGAUGUUCUGGCGCCAGGUUCCUGGCCACCUUCUUUGGGUGGAAUCUAACAGUCUGGGUGUGGUUUGGGGAAUCGGCUAUGAUCGCACAGCCUGGGUCUACACAAGGGGUCACGGUGAUAACCAAGCUCAGGAUAACAAAAUGAACCAGCAAACCCUGACCGAUAUCAGAAACAUUUACAUCUAUGAGAACCAGCGCUGGAACCCUGUCACAGGAUACACAAAUAAGGGUCUACCUACGGACCGUUACAUGUGGAGUGAUGCGACUGGACUGAAGGAAUGCACCAAGGAGAGCACUAAACCCCCCUCUCCAGAAUGGAAAUGGGUAUCAGACUGGGUUAUUGACUAUAGCACUCCAGGAGGGACGGAUAAAGAAGGCUGGCAAUAUGCUGCAGAUUUCCCAGUGACAUUCCACGGUAAUAAGACCCUGAAGGACUUUGUUAGACGAAGACGAUGGGUCAGGAAGUGUAAAAUAACUAUAACUGGGCCAUGGCAGAAGGUGCCACCCAUCCUUAUUACUGAUGUCACCAUCCUGCCGUGUCUGGCCCAGAGCAGCUUGGAGCAGGUACCUGUGUGGGCCAUCAGUGAGAAAGGAGAUGUCUUAUGUCGUCUGGGAGUCACUGCAGAGAACCCAGCUGGUGGUUCAUGGCUCCAUGUUGGGACAGAUCAACCCUUUAAGUCUAUAUCCAUUGGAGGAGGACACCAGGUGUGGGCCAUCGCCCGGGACGGAGCAGUCUUCUACCGCGGCUCAGUUUCAGCCCAGAACCCUGCAGGCGAAUGCUGGUACCACAUCCCCUCUCCAAACAGACAGACUCUCAGACAGGUGGCUGUGGGCAGGACGUCUGUAUAUGCUGUUGAUGAAACCGGCAAUCUAUGGUAUAGACAGGGUCUGACCCCGAGUUAUCCUCAGGGAUCUGCAUGGGAGCUCAUCUGUGGUAAUGUGUGCAAAGUCUCGAUCGGACCACUGGACCAGGUUUGGAUAAUUGCUGAUAAGGUUCCAGGUCAUCCAGCAGAAAGUUCUGGCACUGUGUGCCACAGGCUGGGUGUGCAGCCCAUGCAGCCUAAAGGCUUAUCAUGGGACUUUGGAAUUGGCGGUGGAUGGGAACAUCUGUCAGUGAGAGGAAACUCCACCGAAGCCCAGCGCAUCGUCCCUCCCAGCCCUCAGACCAGCAGGAGGCAGGAGCAGGUGAAUGGCAGUGGUGUGAGGUGUUAAGACUCUUCACUCACCUUCACCACCAUGUCCCACAGUGCUCACUUUUACACCCUCUUAGAGGCACUUUCUGUAUUUGUUCUGGGUGUCUGUUUGUAUCUGUGUGUUAAUUAAACAAGCCGCCUUCUUUUUUUAAACAUAUUUAUUUUCUCACUCAUUUUCAGUAACAGUUUUUCCCUGGUCAGGGUUACGAGUCUCUCCUGGCAAUACUGGGCACUUGGCAGGAAGAAAAAAAAAAAAAAAAGCCCCCACCAUGGGGCUCCAUGCAUUUACACCCAGGGGCAGUUUAUCUUGGGAGAAAACUAACAGACCUGAAGGAAAUACUAAUCAGGGAGAACAUACACACAAAUGAAAAAUAGUAACCUGACUUUAGCGUCAAACCAGGGUGUCUGGAGCAGUGAUUCAUGACAUUACCUCCUGCACCACCAGGCACACAGUAUUUAUUUUGGUUUUAUUUAAAUUAUGAUCUGCUACUUCUUUACAUCACCAUGGUCUUUGAAUUAUGUUAUGUCUAUUUAUAUCUACAAAAGGCUCACACAUAUGAUGCUGUCAGUGAUCAUGUUUCCCUUUUGAUUGCUAUAUCAAACUUGAACUACUGACUGUUUAUGAAAUUUAAUAAUAUUCACUGUGUGCAUGAUUUUUUUUUUUUGCACUAAAAAUAAAUAAAUAUACAAACUUUGAAACA